GAAAUAUGCAAAACACAAAUGUCAAGAUUCUGCACGUUCCUUAUUGUCGAUAACAUUUCAACAUUCAAGAUGCUCCGAAACAUCUUUUUUGUCACUUUGAUCAUGUACACAGUCGGUGCAGAUGACUUGGGACUGCAGGAUGUGCAAUGGGAUGCGCUGUCUCCUGAGGAGCACUUUAAUGUUUGCGAUGUCUGUAAAUGGAUUGUGGAGACAGUGAAAAAAGAAAUCACUCCUCAGUCUUCUCAGGCAGAAAUAAAGACACUUUUGCAUGCGGUCUGCGGUGCAGUUCCCUUUCCUCCUCCAUUUUCAUCCCUCUGCAACUUUAUAGUUGAUAAAUAUGUGGACAUUUUGGCCAGAGAGAUUUCCAAGGCUGACCCGCCUACUGUAUGUGCUGCAAUUAAACUCUGCUAGUAGGUACACAGCUUCUUUCCCCUGUUCAAAUGUCACAUUUUCUGUCUGUCAUUAUAUGUAAAUAAAUACAGAAGUGUUAUUUUGAAAGCAUAAACAAAAUAAUUGUGUAUAUUUUUAC